AUGUCUAAUUUGGCUAGAAAGAAAAUUAAGCGAAAAAAUGCACCAGGAAAUAGGUCUGGCCUGGGAUGGGAACAUGGUGUUGAAGUAGGUUCAAGGCAAGUUCAAUGUAAUUAUUGCAAAGAAAUUCAUAGUGGGGGUAUAUAUAGGCUGAAGCAUCAUUUAGCUGGGACUAGGAAAAAUGUUUCAGCUUGUCCUAGUGUGCCAGAAAAGGUGAGGGAAAAAUUUGCGACUCUUUUGUAUGCCCAAUAUGAAGCAUCUAUAAAAAAGAAAAGGUGGUAUACUAUAGAAGAAGAGGAUGAUGGCAAUGAUGAUGAAUUAGUUGAAGUACAACAACUACAUUCAUCAAAAGGGAGGGGCAAACACAUAGGCUCCAUGGAUAAGUUUGUUACAAAAAAUAAGCAAGUAACAAUGAAUCGUGUGUUUAAAAAAGGAGAACGUGAUCUAGUGAUCCAACAAAUUGCUAGAUUCUUCUACACUAGUGCCAUCCCUUUUAAUUGUGUCAAAAAUCCGGAGUUUCUGCAAAUGAUUGAUAGGAUUUCAAGAUUUGGGAUUGGCCUCAAGCCUCCUUCCUAUCAUGAGAUUAGGGAGACAUGCUUGAAGAAAGAGGUAGAUUUUACACAACAAAUGCUUGAAGAAUAUAAGGUUGAAUGGAAAAAAACAGGUUGUUCAAUUAUGUCUGAUGGCUGGUCUAAUAAGAAAAGGAGAUCCAUUUGUAAUUUUUUGGUGAAUAGUCCCAAAGGAACCAUUUUCCUAUACUCUAUAGACACAUCUAACAUAUCUAAAACAGCUGAAAAAGUUUGUCAAAUGUUAGAUGAAGUUGUCGAUAGGGUUGGAGAGGAGAAUGUUGUGCAAUUGGUGACUGACAAUGCUGCUAACUACAAACUAGCUGGAGAGAUGUUGAUGCAGAAGAGAAAGUGCCUGUUUUGGACUCCAUGUGCUGCCCAUUGCUUGGAUUUGAUACUUGAGGAUUUUGAAAAAAAGAUUAAGGACCAUAAGUACACAAUUGCAAAGGGGAAGAAGAUUACAACGUUCAUAUAUUCUAGAGCUAUGCUUUUAAAUUGGUUGAGGGAUUUCACUAAAGGGAGGGAAUUGAUUAGACCUGCUGCCACUAGAUUUGCAACAUCAUAUUUGACAUUGUCAUGCCUUAAUGAGUUCAAAGGAGAAUUGAUGGCAAUGUUUUCUUCUGAACAAUGGAGGUGUAGUAAAUUUGCAAAAACAAAAGAAGGGAAAAGAAUUCAUGCCAUAGUUAUGGAUAACAAUGGCUUUUGGCGACUUGUUGUCAAAUGCUUGAAGGCCGCAAUACCCCUUUUAAAGGUGCUUCGCCUGGUUGAUUCUGAUACACCUCCAAUGGGAUUCAUUUAUCAAGAAAUGGAAAAAGCAAAAGAAGAAAUACAGAAAAAUUUCAAUAAUGUUCAAAAGAGUUACAAAGAGAUAUGGGAUAUUAUUGAUGAUCGAUGGGAAAUGCAACUUCAUAGGCCUUUACAUGCUGCGGGAUACUAUUUGAACCCUUCUAUUCAUUAUGAUCCUUCUUUUGAUCCGGGUUCAGAUAUUAAAUUAGGACUAUAUACAUGUCUUCAACGAAUGGUUCCAGAAGUUAGUGAUAGGAAAAAGAUAGAUAUGCAACUUGAAAAAUUCAAACAAGCAAAGGGACUCUUUGGUAUUGAAGCUGCCAUACUAGCCAGAGAUACCAAACAGCCAGACUAA